UUGAUGGGAACCAGUGCGUUUGACGCUCUGCAGGCUGCAGCUCUUUGAAGAAGCAUGUCAGUUCCCCUCUUCGUGUAAACAGGGUUACAUCUCGCUUUUUUAUUCGAUUUUACUUCCUUAAUAUCUGAGAACAUGAUAACCACACACCGCCGCGAGGUUUUUCUUCCCCGACGGCGCGUCGGAUCAUAGCGUGGACCUGCUCCAAAACUUUUUUCUCUCGCCGCCCGACCAGAACUCAUGAAUCCUUCUUCAGAGCGACGGCUUUAUGGACUUGUGUAUUAGCUAAUAAUGUCUGUGGGUUUCAUGCCUGACAGUCUGAGUGGCUCCGACCCUUCCAAAUCGGCCUUUCUCGAGUUUGGCCACGGGCAUCCUGCGCACCAGCAGCACUCCCCGGGACUCUCGCACAUCUACCCCGUGCACGGGCUGCACGCUGCCGGACACUCGCAGCACGAAAGUCCGUUUUCUGGAAACACGUCCUACGGCCGCUCUUUGGGAUACUCAUACCCGGCCGCGGUGAACCAUCACCCGCAGUACAUGCCCUACCAGCACGGCGGCGGCAGCAGUCUGUCCACCGGCAGGUUAGAACACACAGAUCGUGACAAAUCCACGGUGAUUGAGAACAGAGAAAUCCGACUAGUAAAUGGCAAGGGGAAGAAAAUCCGGAAGCCUCGGACCAUCUACUCCAGUCUGCAGCUGCAGGCUCUGCACCAGCGCUUCCAGCAGACCCAGUACCUGGCCCUGCCGGAGCGCGCCGACCUGGCGGCCAAACUGGGGCUCACGCAGACCCAGGUUAAAAUAUGGUUUCAGAAUAAGCGCUCUAAGUAUAAGAAGAUCAUGAAGCAUGGCAGCGGCUCAGAAGGGGAACAUCUCCACAGCAGCAGCUCCAUCUCUCCCUGCUCACCCGCCUUGCCCCAGCUGUGGGAGGUCUCCAUCGCCAGCAAAGGAGCCCCAAUGCACCCAAAUAACUACAUGAACAGUUUUGGUCACUGGUAUCCGAACCACCACCCUCACCAGGACGCCAUGCCAAGACCUCAGAUGAUGUGAUUGGAUUGUUUUCGGUGGCCAUCAGGCCGCCCGAAUCACAUUGCUGACUCGGAUGAACUGGUUUCUCGCGAGGCCUCCUCUGAACUCUGUUAGAUGCGUGUUCAAUAGACUGUCUUUUGCGUGCGUUUUGAAUUCAGAUUUAAUUGCAAAGUCCAACCAGGUACCAGAUUUUUAUUUUUUUUUUAAGGUUUGCUUUUUCCACUGCAGCUCCUGUUGCAGGAAAUCGCAUCACUGAAUAUGGACUUGUGUGUGAGGCUAAACAACGUCUUCAUAGACAAACAUUUGAAAAUAUAUAGUGUGCAUGGAUUUAUUUUACUAUGGAAAGUCUCGGCUGCAACGUGGAACUGAUGCAUGGAUAACAAGUUAAUAUCAGGCCUGUUCUAAGUAUUUUCCAAUAUGUCUGGUUUGGUUGCCGCUUUAUAAGAGAACUUUAAA